AUGUUUCGGUCAGACAUAAUUAUUUUGUUUACCAGAAAAGCGAAGCCAGUGACAGCAUAUCAAUACAAAGGAUUUGUAGACAACCAAGAACGACUGAAUAUAAGUUCUUUAGAUAUUGCCAGGACUAUCUUGCAAAAGACCUACGAUUGUCAGUUCAUGAACUAUGACCAAACCGUGGUUAAACAGUCAAUACAAGGCGGUUUCGGAGGUCCCAGCUGGAAAACAACAAACGAAUGUUUUAACCACCAACGUAAUUAUCAUACAUGUUUUCAACGUCACAUACCAAGAACGUGUAAAAAUUCCACACAUAAAGUCACAAAAGUAUUACGACUUACAACAGACAAUUUGAUAUAUUUUCUGCAGUCACGUGCCAAUCUCAAGGUCAUUCAUCUCUUCAGAGAUCCGCGCGCCAUAAUUAAUUCUAGAAUACAGACGAACUGGUAUCCAGCCAAAACGUACAAAAUGGUGAAAGAAAACGCUAAAUCAUUGUGCAAUAAAAUGCUGUACGAUUUUCGCGAAGGUCAAAAAGUGUACAAACAAUUUCCGAAUAGAUUUAGAUUUAUAUAUUACGAAGAUUUAAGCGUUGAUAUUUUAAAUAAGUCUAAAAUUUUAUAUAAAUAUUUAGGUAUGAAUGCAAAUGAAAGAUAUUACCCACAAGUAAUAAAAUUUCAAAGUUUUAAAAACAUAACAUCAGAUGAAACGGAGCGAAAGAUAAAUAAUGCUUAUUGGUGGAGAAAAGCUUUAAAUUGGGAAAUUGUAGAACAAAUGGAUGAAAUAUGCAAGGGUGUGUAUAAUGAACUUGGGUUUAAAUCUUUUUAUUCCAUACAUGAAUAUAACGACAUGUCCAUACCAAGUCAAGUCAUACCAAAAGAGUUUUUGAUCGUUUGAUGCAACAAAGUCGUGACAGAGAAGCUGAUGUAGUCAGUUUGAAGGUGUUGUCAAAUGAAAUUGUUGUUUAAAUUUAUUUCAAUAUUAUGUUAUUACAUGUUUUAUUUAUAAAAACAUAAUAAAAAUAAAUAAAACUGGCAUUAUUUGGGGGUUUCCAGGACGAAAUCACAUGAGAUAGAGUUGUUUGUCCUAUAGUGUUAUUAAGGUGACGAUCCGAACGAAACCAAACAAAUGCUGUUUGAAUAGUACGCUACAUUAAAUACUUUUGUAUAUUUUUUUUUAAAUUUUGUUGGACAUUAAAUUCUCAAAUAACACAUCGCCAAAAAAGGAAUAAUAUCAUAAAUAAUAUCAUGCAGUCUACUGGAUAAAUACUGUUUAAGUUCAUAACAGGGCUCAUUUUGCAUGACGUAUAUUCCUGUUAAACCAUUUCAUUUAAACAUAUCCAAGCAAUUUCCCUUAAAUUAGGGUCGUGUGCCUUAUAGCUGAAAAAACUAAACUAAUGCAAGGGCUCAUCCGCAACGGGAUCAGACAUGUAGGUCAUAAUAUAAAAGACGAAUCAUUUAUUAUAUAUAGCUGCAUUGACAAUUUGUUUGACCACUUGACGACUUGUCAGUAAGACAUUAUGCACCGGAUUCCGACAUACAAUUUUGAAUUUGAUCAUACAUUUUAAAUGUAAUAUGUGUUUAUCAUUUAAUGCCACAUACUUAUUUUUAAUUUAAUGCCAAUAGAAGUUUAGUUUAAUGAAAAGCAUAACAAAACCAAUGCGUGCAUAUUUUUUAUAUUACUAUCUGAAUUAAACUAUAUCAUCCUGCCAAAUAUCCAUUCAUGUAGGAAUAGCUAAAGGAUGAACCUGCAGUAAUAAGUAAGAGUGUAUCUGAAAUUGUUUCCAGAAAUAUAUCCAUAGCCACCGAGGGCAAGUGAAAUUAAUUUGAAUAAAAUAAAAUGAGCCAAAUAAGUAAAAAUCAUUUAAUGUAAACUGUUUGCAAUGGGUUAAUGACAUACUUUUGUUCACAAAUGCGUUUUUGUUACCUUCAUAUAU